AUGACUGCUGUUGUCCAGCCUGACCUUGGUCCGCCAGCUCACAAGUACAAGGAUAAUCCAGCCGACGACCCGCUGCGACACAUAGGAGCAAACGCCCACCAUUCUCACGGUCUGCAGCAGCAGCACCGACCAACUACUCUUGUACAGCAACAAACACACAAAUCAUCAGACUCUCCUCAUCAAAAAUCAGCAAACAUCCCGCCCGGUGCUUACUCGACCCCUGGAGGAUUAAGCGGUGUGCAUUUGCAACAUCCCCCCUACCCUGGCCCGGCUCCAGAUCCUGGUUAUUACGCCUCCCAUCCAAAUCAUUAUCCAGCAACAACCACCCCCGCUCAGUACCCCUCUAGUGGACCCCCAGAUAUGAUGGCUACAGCCACCCACAUGCAGAGGCCUUAUCCUCCUAUUUACCACGCUCACACUCCUCAAUCAAACUCUCCAGCUUCGGUGUCAUCUACCCAGGCGCAUGAUCAGCAUGGAAGAGCUAUUUACGGCCAAUCUCCACAAAUGGCACCUCAGAUUUACGGCUAUCAGCAGUACUCUCCCAUGAACCCAGUUCACCCGGCUUAUGCGCCGCAUCCUCCUACGCCUCAGCAUCCCUUGACUACGCAACCACUAAUGAUCCCACCUCAGUCAGCACCUCUUCCUCACUCUAAUCCUCCCCCACCACAUCCGGCGCCGUUGAACAAUGCGGCUAUCGGUAAUCACAGCCCUCGGACCAAUCUAGAUUCGCACCAGCAGCAUCCGCCAGUUCAGGCCCAGCGACCACAGAUGCCUACCCCGAAUUUGACUUCUCCCACUGGGGCAGUUCCUCCUCUUUCUGCAAACAAUGCUCAUGCUCAGCCUAACCAUCCACCGAGCACAAACUCGACAACAAAUGCUGCGCCUGGACCCAUCCCAGCAACCACCCCGUGGGUCGUACGCCAGGAUGGCAACGGCGUGCAAUGGAUUGCCUUUGAGUAUUCUCGAGAUCGUGUCAAAAUGGAAUAUACCAUCCGGUGCGAUGUCGAGUCUGUGAACGUGGAGACUCUGCCUCAAGAAUUCAAAACCGAGAACUGUGUCUACCCCCGCGCUUGCUGCAGCAAGGAUGAAUACCGAGGGAACAGGCUGGUUUAUGAGACUGAAUGCAACGCUGUUGGCUGGGCGCUUGCCCAACUGAACACUCCCUUGCGAGGCAAAAGGGGGUUGAUACAGCGUGCCGUGGAUAGUUGGCGAAACAGUAACCAGGACCCUCGAUUGCGUAGUCGCCGCGUCCGACGCAUGGCCAAGAUGACCCGCCGCCAGGCCUCCCAGCCAGGCCACGUUGGGGCGCCCUCGCCUGUACAGCACCUUGUUUCCGGCAGCAAUGCAAAUCUAGCACCAAGCACUCGCCCAAGUGAGCCCAUGGCUCUUGCCACGCCUAUGCACCAUGUUCACUCUGAUAACUCUGCUGGAAAUGGACAAGUUAGCGGCGGCACUGAUUUGACGAAUGGUGCUCAUCACUCUUCAAUUCCUCCCGGACCGACUCCGACCCGCAAUCCCCAUGAGAGAUCAGAUCUUCGUCCCGGCCAUGUCUUUCAUGGUUUGCCGGCAUACCCUACUGCUGCACAUGCCUCUGGUGCUUCUGGGGCUCCGGCAAUGGUGCCCCCUCUUCGAGAAAGCAGCGGUUUUGACGCUAUGGGACGCCCUUCAGUCGCCACUGCUGCUUCGAAAAGGAGGAAUCCUACCAAAUCCGAAAAGAUCACCGACGAUCCAGAUAGUGAAGAUAUCUUUGGCGGCCUUCCCGAAGGCAAACGCCGAAAGUUCAUCCUCGUUGACGACACCCAGCGCAGCUGUCGGGUUCGCGUCAAAGUCAUGCUCGAUCAAGUCGAUGUCAGUGAGAUUCCGGACUCGUACCGCUUGACAAAUGCAGUCUAUCCUCGCGCCUACUCCCCCGUGCAGAUGAAGGCGCCUCCGGGCCGUGUCGUUCCUGGCAAUCGCUACAGAGACGAUAGCGAUAUCGAUGACCCCGACGGGCCUGUAACAACCGGUCGUACCUUGGUACCAGCAGGAUUAGGUGAUGGCGAUUUAGAGGUUACAGUGCCACAGCUAAACCGGAGCCGACAUCGAAAGGAUAAAGUGUUGAAUGAUCUGGGGUACCGCAUGAGCUGGAGCCAGAGCAGGGUCUUUGCGGACCGGCCUUUGUUUUUACAAAGAUCUUUGGAUGCCUAUCGCAACAAGAUGCACGCUACUAUUACGAAUACAGGCCACGCGCCAUCGUCAAAGGCGUCACACUUUGAGACUCGCUGCGGAAAAAACAGAUGGCGUAAACGCGAUCGCCAAGACGAGGACAAUCCUCAAUUGACUGAUUCUGCUUAUCGAAUCGAGGCCGAGGAGGUUCAGGACUAG